AAAAGAAAUAAGAUGAUUAUAAAAAUGGAAUGGUUGAUUUAUUAAGUAAAGAUACUAAAGCAUUACCUGAUUUAGCUUCUGAAUCUUAAUUAAAAUUUAAAGAAAUGAAAUAAGGAUUUAAUUAAUAAAUCAAUUAAUUAGAAAAUAAUACUUGUAAAAGUUAAAAUUAAUAUUAUGGAUUAGAAAAGCAAAAAGAAAAGUUACUUUUUUAUUUAAAUGAAUUAGAAAAUAUACAUAAUAAAAUGGAUACAGAUAAUAAAUAAACUUUAAAUAAUAUAAAAGAAAAAUAUACGAAAGAUAAAGAAAAAAGAGAAUAAUUAGAAGAAGAUUUAGAAAAAGCUAAAUAAUAACAUGAUAGAAUAUUAUAAGAAUACGAAUAAAGAGUAAAAGAAUUAAAAGAAAAAUAAAUUAUAGAAGAUUUAGAAGAUUAAAGAUAUUAAGAAGAUUUAGAAAUAGAAAUUAAUGAUGAAAAGAAAAAAAUCGAAUAACAUAAGGCUAUUCUUUAAGAAAUA